AUGUCCUAUUUGCCAUUCUUAAUGAAGAACUCUUUGCGAUUAUUUGUUCCCAAAACUAAUCAUAAAAUUUGUGUCCAAUUCCUGAGUCAAGACAACGCCAAGAAGUGGAGAGUCGUCGGUUUGAAUCACAUCGCCAUCGCUACCAAUGAUGUCGGCAAAGGAUCCGUUUUAUUCAGGGAUGUGUUUCACAUGAAGACCAGUGCCACGAAUGCACAGCCAGACCAUGGGGUGAACACUGUGUUCGUGGACGCGAACAACACUAAAGUGGUACCAAUGAUGUCGGCAAAGGAUCCGGAUGUGUUUCACAUGAAGACCAGUGCCACGAAUGCACAGCCAGACCAUGGGGUGAACACUGUGUUCGUGGACGCGAACAACACUAAAGUGGAACUCUUGGACCCAAUCGGUGGCAAUAAGAGUCCCAUUUGGUCCUACCUUCAGAAGAACACCAAUGGAGGCAUUCAUCACAUAUGUCUCGAUGUGGACGACAUCUAUGCGGCCAUCGAUGACCUCAAGUCCCGCGGAAUUCGUCUUCUAUCGGAAUCACCGAAAACCGGAGCGCAUGGAAAGGAUGUGAUCUUUCUUCACCCCAAAGACUGCAACGGAGUUCUCAUUGAAUUGCAACAGAAAUAG